AAAUCAAAAUUAAGAGGUGAAUAGUAUAUAAUAGAAACAAGCUUUGAUUAUGCUAAGCUACAAUGGCUUCUCUUUCUUUCUCUUUCGUUCCCAAAUCAUCACUACACCCGCAAAACAACCACCACCGCGCCACCACCACCGCUCUAAAGGUUUCAUCGCUUCUGAUAGACGAUGCCACCACCACCACUAAGCCACUCAAGACCACAACGCCGCCACCUUCCAUCAUCACUCGUACAGCCCCACCGCCACAACCAGCGAGGCCGCCGCCGUCUCUGGCAGCGGCGAUACUCAACUCAUGUGACCAAUUCAUCAAUAACUUCAUCGACCCUCCCCUCAAACCCUCCCUCGACCCCCGCCACGUUCUCUCCGGCAACUCCGCUCCGGUGGCCGAGCUGCCCCCCACCGCGUGCCAGGUGGUGGAGGGCGUCCUCCCACCAUGCCUCGACGGCGCCUACAUCCGCAACGGCCCCAACCCUCACUUCCUCCCCCGCGGCCCCUACCACCUCUACGACGGCGACGGCAUGCUCCACGCCGUCACAAUCUCCGGCGGGGAAGCCACCCUCUGCAGCCGCUACGUCGAGACGCACAAAUACAAACUCGAACGCGAGAUCGGAUUCCCCGUCGUGCCCAGCCUGUUCUCCUCCUUCAACGGCCUCCCCGCCGCCGUGGCGCGCGGGCUGGUCUUCGCUGCCCGUUUACUCACCAGGCAGGUUGACCUAACCAACGGCGUCGGCUCGGCCAACACCAGCGUGGCUCUUAUCGGCGCCAAACUCUACGCUUUAGGCGAAUCGGAUCUUCCCUACACAGUUAAGAUCGAUGGGAGAGGCGAAAUUCACACUCUCGGCCGCCACGAUUUUGGCGGCAAGCUCGCCGUUAGAAUGACGGCGCACCCCAAAAUAGAUCCGCGCACCGGCGAAGCAUUCGCCUUCCGCUAUAGCCCGCUGCCGCCGUUUGUCACUAUUUUCAGGAUUAAUGCGGAAGGAGAUAAACAGCCCGACCUGCCCAUCUUCUCCAUGAAAAGCCCUGCGCUCGUGCACGACUUCGCCAUUACGGAAACCUACGCCGUCUUCAGCGAAAUUCAGAUCGGAAUAAAUCCGUCGGCGAUUGUGGCGGGGGGCUCGCCGGUGCGGGCGGACCUGGGGAAAGUGCCGCGGAUCGGAUUGAUACCGCGAUACGCCGUGGAUGAGUCGGAAAUGAGGUGGUUUGAGGUGCCGGGGUUCAACCCUAUUCACGCGAUCAGCGCGUGGGAUGAGGACGGCGGUGAUGCGGUGGUGAUGGUGGCGGCGAACGUGUUGUCGGUGGAGCACAUGAUGGAGCGCAUGGAUCUGAUACACUCGUCGAUUGAGAAGGUCAGGAUUGAUCUCAAGACUGGGACGGUGGCGCGCCACCCGCUCUCCGCCGCGAAUUUGGAUUUCGGAGUGAUUAAUCCGGCGUAUGUGGCCAAGAAACACAGAUACAUUUAUGCAACAGUGGCGGAUCCAGCGCCAAAAGUAACAGGGUUAGUGAAGCUCGACAUGACGGUGUCGGAGAACGGCCGCCAAGACUGCGUGGUGGCGAGCCGGAUGUUUGGCUCCGGUUGCUUCGGCGGCGAACCAUUCUUCGUGGCCAGGCAGCAUAACAAUCUAAAUGCAGAUGAGGAUGAUGGCUAUAUAGUCACCAUUGUGCACGAUGAGAAUACGAAGGAAUCGAGAUUCAUAGUGAUGGACGCCACCUCCACCGAUCUCGACGUGGUCGCCGUCGUAAGGCUUCCUCGCCGCGUCCCUUAUGGCUUCCAUGGUCUUUUUGUUUCGAAAAGUGACCUUGAUAAGUUAUAAUCGACUCUCCGUGCACGUUAGGGGACUUAAUUUGUUGAAGUAUGACGUCUGAAAGUACUUGCAUGAGAUUCCGGCUUUUGAGCUUAUAUAUCCAAGUAUGAUCUUAAUGUUUUUAGGAUUAGAA